AAUCAGACGGUUCAACGACGCGUGAGUCGCGACUCACUCUCUCUGAUUGAUUUCCGAUUUCCAGUCCAUUUUCUCUUAAUUUUCAAUGGUCCACUACUCCCGAUUGAUUUCAUUCUUUACGCCGGCGACCUGCAUUUCUACUCAUCAGCCAUGAUGACGGCAUCUCCACCGUUGAUUCUCAAACCCGUCGAAAUAACAACGGGAAGACAAUCACUUUCUGGGAAUAAUUUGAAAUCGAGAUCAAACCUGACAAGGAUAUGUAGAUUCGCGCCGCACAAUGCCAAAUUCGCGGUGACAAGGAGCUCAAGAAGUGAGACUCAGGCACCGUCUCAGUCGAUGGAGCCUUCUGAAUUGGACACCAAUGUCUCUAAAACUUCACUUGAUAUGUCGGAAGCUAUGGAGGAGGGCAUCGAGAAGGUUAUUUAUAGAUUUCGGUUUUUGGCGAUUCUUGGUGUUUUUGGAUCUUUGAUCGGAUCAUUCCUCUGCUUCAUUAAGGGCUGCACUUAUGUUGUGUCAUCUUUUACAGAAUAUUUUGCAAAUGGUGGCAAAGUGGUUUUAUUGCUUGUUGAAGCCAUAGAUGUGUAUCUUUUGGGGACCGUAAUGCUGGUUUUUGGAAUGGGUCUUUAUGAGCUCUUUGUCAGCAAUCUUAGCAUUGCAAAGUCAGUAUCAAUGGAAAAUGUUCACCAAUCAAAUCUCUUUGGCCUGUUCACUUUAACGGAACGACCGAGAUGGUUAGAAAUCAAAACUGUCAGUGAGCUGAAGAACAAAGUUGGGCAUGUGAUAGUGAUGCUUCUUCUGAUCGGACUUUUUGACAAGAGUAAGAAAGCCGUUAUUUACUCUCCCAUUGAUUUGCUUUGCUUCUCAGCUUCUGUCCUUUUUUCCUCUUGUUGCCUUUUCUUGCUAUCUAAGCUCACUGACUGAAAAUAAGUUCUUCAUUGUUCAGUUAUUCUGUAAAAAUAUUAGUUAGGCAAAACCAACCAGUAGAAUGUGUAUAUAUGUAAGAAAUCUCUCUUUGUGUAGCCAUGUAAGUGGUUUCAAUUUAUAUUGAAUCCAAAAUAUACCAUAAUAUCUAUAAUUGCAAGUGAGAAAUUUGCAACAUUGUAGCCAAAGUUUGACCUAAAUUUAUAAAACUUGAAAUUAAUG